AUUAUUGCAAAAGUCAACAAAACAAUUUGAAGUCUUUCAAGAAUAAAAAAUACAAUUCAAAAUUUAAACUUUCAAGAUAUUCUAUUCAAAGUGCAACUAAACUUUAACCAUGGAUACAUUUUCAACUGAAAUCUUGAUCAACAUUUUUGAGUUCUUAGACUCACCGGCUCUUCAAAAUGUCAUGGAAGUAUCUGAUAGAUGGUACGACAUAGCCACAAUGACAUCAUCAAUCAAGCAACAACUGAACUUAAACAUCAAUGCCAAUAACUGCGAAGCAAUGGUCAAGAAGUCCUUAAACUAUCCGUACAGAAACAUCAAAAUAACCUCAAAUACUUCUGAUGGACUUCCAUUCCUUGAUUUUGUUGCUUUUAAAGGUGGAUUGGCUGAGCUAGUUGAGUAUGAGUUUGUUAAGAAUGUCGAGACUAUCUUCUUGGAUCACAGCAGACAUUUGAAAGUCUUGGAACUGACCAACAUGAAUAAUAUAUUUGCUGCUAAUGUCCUGUGUAGAUGUAGAAACUUGGUAGAAUUGAGACUUGACUCUGUGAAUGUAAAUCAAUUCAGGAACAACUUUUACUCUCAGGACGUUCGAACUCCUGAAACAAUAACACUCACCAACUUAUUAUACUUAGAAGUUAAGGACUCAAGUGACUUAUUCAGCAGAAUUGAAGCACCGCACAUUGAAACAUUGAUAAUGCAUGAUGAUCCAGGCUAUGAGGUCCUCAGACACUUCCUUGUCAUCACCUGGGAUCUGAAAAAUUUAGUUCUGCAUGACUUUAACUUGAGGGCAGUCCGAAGACCACAAACUUUUAAAUUCAAGCUUGAUAAAUUGACAUUUAAGCUUAAGAACAACAUGAAUCUGUUCCGUAGCAUGAUCAACAAUCGGAUGGCAUUUGAGAUAAUUAUGCAGCAAAUAAGGAACAAUUAUCGUGAGAAUUUGGAGCAAUUAAGAGACCCAGUAGAUCGAAACAGGAUUUAUAUGCAGCAUGUCGAGCAGUUUAGAGAGGAAAUUCAGAGGAAUCAACAGGAAUUUUUGGGCAAUAGUUUGCUUAACUUUUUAUUUCAACAUCAAGGCACAUUAAAGGAACUGAAUAUGAAUUUUGAUGGACUUAAUUUGCAAGCUAGUCGAAUCUUGGACAGCCUCUUGAUUGAAUUUAAUUUGACAAAAUUGUCACUGAAGUCAAAUUACCAAAGUUUCAAUCUUUCACUUCCAAAUGCUAGCAGUUCUAUUAAAGAUUUGGAGAUUAUUGGAUAUUGGAACUUUAAGGACAUCCAAGAAUUAAUUGCAAAAUUCCCAGCUGUGACUGAUUUGAAGAUCAACGUGGAAACUAAGAACAACUCAGAUGUCAUCAGCGUUAUUCAAUCAAGCAUGCCGAAUUUAAAGGCACUUGAAAUCAGCACAUUUUUUGCUGGAUUCUCAAAAGGCACAAAUUUAGAAAAACUCGAAAAGUUGAAGAUCCUUCAAGUAAAUUCAAGACUUGGACAGAAAGUUUGGUACAGAAUCGCUCAGACUUGCUCAAAUGUGACUAGAUUGACAUUAAUUGAUGACAACUUUGACGUUGCUUCACAGGAUCUUUACAGAGUGCUGAGGAAAUUGACAAAACUUGAGAAUUUACAAUUUAUUGGCAAAACAAGUAUUUCAAAUUUGAGGGAAGUUUGCAGCUUGUUUUUGGAUCAAAAUUGCAAUGUUAAGACUGUAAAAAUGUUCGGUAAUGUUAACCGAGAUGGAUUUUAUGAGGAAAUUGAUGCUGUCACACAAGGAACAAAGACGCAAAUUACUGUGGAUGUUUUGGAUAUCUCGAACGUCCUACGCGACGUUUCUGACGUGUUUAUAAUGAACAUGCAAAGGAGAAUUAAUAUUUUAAUGUUCAAUUCUGAUUCGCAAUUUUUACGUGACAUUGCCAACAACUUUAUGACUAAACUCAACGGAUCUUAUCUUUGUCAAUCUUUAGACAUUAAAAAAUAUCAUUUUGAAUAUUCAGUUGGUGUAACAUAUCCAACAAUUAUAUUUAUCGAUGAUAUAUUCAUGUUUAAGUACAUUGAGGAUGCCUUUCACGUCAUUCGUGAUCAAAAUCAACCAAUUAAGCAUUUUGUAUUCCUUUCAAACCAUACUUACGAGCAACUAUGGUCUUCAGAGAUUUAUCGCUAUUACAAGCGAAUACCAGUUAUAUCUAGUGCUGUUUUUCCUUACACAUUUUUUAUUACUAAUGAGAUUGACACGAUAACGCUAUCGACAGUCGAAUGGUUCAGUCCAUAUGCAUGUCAUCAUCCAGAGCUGUUCAUCGUGAAUACAUUUGACAAAAGUUCACAGAAAUGGAACUUAAAACUUGAAGAUUAUGAGAAAUUUUUAGAAUAUUACGACUGCGAGUUAGUCAUGAUGCUCCCGAUUCCAUUUGAUCAUUUGGUUUAUUAUUCAUCUGGAUUUUCAGUUGUUAACAAGGAUAAUACAGAUUUUUUUGUUUUUGGAAUUUCACCAGUCAUUUUUGACAUUGCAGGCGAGUAUCAUGGCUUUAAUCCCGAAUUUCAGCCUGUGAAGAUACAUCGAGAAUGGUUAACAAAUUUAAAUGGUCAGGCACCUGACUUAAUACUAAUUAAUUAUAGUUUCAAAACACCGGACGUGCAUUUUGAAAUUCAACCAUUAUCUCUAAAAGAUGAACGUUUGCAGUCAACAACGGUUAUGUCAAAUUUAAAAAUGUUUGUUUUCGUAACGCCCGGUGAAAAGUAUACUCAAUAUGAGAAGUUUAUCCUUCCAUUCGAUAUUCAGACAUGGAUUAUGUUAUUUAUUACUUUUAUGGUCACUUUUCUUGCAAUUUUAGUCAUCAAUCGGCUAUCAAAGUCAACACGGAGUAUUGUUUAUGGCGAUAAGGUUGCAACACCCAUUUGGAAUGUCAUUCGAAUCUUUUUCGGAAUCUCACAAACAAAAUUGCCAAAUAAAAAAUUCUCGCGAUUUAUUUUAUUGAUUUUCAUUUAUUUUUGCUUAAUUUUUCGAACAUGCUUUCAAAGUAAGUUCUUUGAAUUCAUGACAAGUGAUCCGAGAUAUUCGCCGCCUAGAACUCUUGAGGAUCUAUUCGAUAGAAACUAUAAGUUAUAUACAUUAGAGUCAACACUUAAAUUAAUCAUGAAUGACAAAAGACUAAGCUCAAGGAAGAAUGUAAGACUGGCAAAUCCGGUUGGAUAUUUAAGAGCACUUCUCAGUCAGUCGCAUAAUGCAUCAGCAAAAAUCGCUCUUGUAGUUGAUGAAUUUUUUAAAAAUACUUUCGAAUCGAAGAUACAGCAUAGCGGUCAAAAUUGGAAUUAUCUUAAAGAUUUGAAUUUAUAUACAAGUCAAGAUGUUUUCUAUUUCUAUGGUGCUGCUUACUAUACAAGAAUGUUGGUUAAAGUAAUUGAAAAUUUGAUUCCAACAGGAAUUAUGAAUUAUUUAAUUAAAGAAUAUUACACAAGAACGAUUAAAUUUGCAAAAGUUGAAAAGCAAACGAAAGUUUUGACACUUGAUGAACUUGCUUUUGGAUUUAAUAUUUGGCUUGCGUGCUGUUUUUUAUCACUAAUCGGAUUUGUUGCUGAGCAUGUUGUGAGAUUUGUGACAAAAGGUAAAAAGUUGAAAUUCGCAAAAGUUCAUCCAAUGGCUGGCCAAGAGGAUGUUGAUGUGAAUGAUAUUUUGAAACCAGAAUUAAUAUCAAAGUUUAAAAUUAAGACAUGUAGCAGUGAUUUUGUUGACAUAGUAUUUGGCGAUAAAAUUGUGUGUGAACAGCUGAGAAAUAAAUAA